UCGCAUAAUUAAAAAAAGGGAAUAAUUAAAGAAAAAGGGUAAAGGCAGCUCGAGACUCGAAGGCAUUUAAAGCGAAGAUAAUGGCGGUGUCGACGACGUGGUCAUUCUCUCCCACAAUCUCCUUCGCCGGAUCUCGCGGAGUUACGCGGUUUUCUGGUGUGACAAUGGCGUCCGCCGCAGCAAAUGUCGAAAACGUGAAAUUGACUAAAGGCCUGGGCGAUUUGCCCAAGGUAAAUUUGAUUUCCGUCCAUGGGAGUGAAGCAGAGGUGUAUCUGUUUGGAGGCUGUGUUACAUCCUGGAAAGUAUCCGGAAAAGACCUUCUGUUCGUCCGUCCAGAUGCUGUAUUCAAUGGCCAGAAGCCAAUCAGCGGCGGCAUUCCACAUUGCUUUCCACAGUUUGGACCCGGCGCAAUGCAGCAGCAUGGAUUUGCGAGGAAUAUGAACUGGUCCGUUGUUAAUUCAGAAAAUGUAGAAGGAAAUCCCACAGUAACUUUGGAGCUGAAAGAUGAGUCGUAUAGUCGCUCUAUGUGGGAUUACAGUUUUCAGGCUCUGUAUAAGGUCACACUGGAAAAUAAAACCCUCUCGACAGAAUUGAAAGUAACGAAUACUGAUGCAAAGCCAUUUUCGUUCACGACUGCCCUUCACACAUACUUCAGUGCUUCGGCAGCUGCUGCUUCUGUACGUGGCUUAAAAGGUUGCAAAACACUGAAUAAAGAUCCCGAUCCCAAAUAUCCAGUCGAGGGUAAGGAGGAAAGGGAUGUGGUCGUAUUUCCGGGAUUCGUAGAUUGCAUUUAUCUCGACGCUCCUUCGGAGUUGCAUAUGAACAAUGGUUUGGGUGAUGUGAUUAGCAUCAAGAAUACGAACUGGACGGAUACUGUUGUGUGGAAUCCACACCUGACAAUGGAGUCUUGUUAUAAAGAUUUCGUUUGCGUCGAAAAUGCCAAGAUUCGACAAGUCGAGCUGGAGCCAAACCAAUCUUGGACAGCAUUGCAAUAUUUAACCCUGGCGUGAUGUUCGAAUCGAUGAUUUUUUUUGGGUAAGAAAUGCUACUAUGUUCGAAUCGAAUUGCAGUUUAAACUAUCGGCAGUGAAGAAAUCCCGAGUUUACAUAAAUAAGGACAUCGUGUAUAACUUAUACUCUUAUUUCUUCAUCAAUAAUACGGUUUACUUCACACGCUA